AUGCGCUCCUACUCCAACUCCGAGUGCAUCACCAUGUCGCUGUUCGCGGAUAGCGACUCGAAGAAUGACAUCAUCUCGUUCGAGAUUGGUGGGUGGGGCAACAUCCUGCGCAUCUUCCCUGGUGACAACCGGCAGACCAUCGGGACGAUCACAAGUUACCGAACAGUCCAGAUUGAGGUGACAGGCGGCCAAGCGAGGUUCUCACUGGACGGCACGCUCAAAUACACAGCGAGUGUAUCAGAAACGAGAGGGAAAGUGCGCUUCAUCAGCGGCUGCACCAACCAGUACGUCACGAACCUGCAGGUGUCUUCCCCCCAAGUCCUUUAUGGCCAUGCAGCCAACCCAGGAUGGAACGGCAAAUGGGAUAGUGCGCGGAGCUUCUGUCAGAGUAAGGGUGGUGACCUUUGUGACUACGCUGCCCUCUGCCCUGGUGGGCGCCAAAUCGACUCAACCUUCGGCCAGCUGUCGCAAGAUGAGUGGAUCCCAGUCAAGGGCCCCUCAGUACUCAAAGAUUAUGUGCAGAUCGGCACGCGCACUUCUCCGCGGGAUGACUGCUGCCUGAUCUCGGACGACGUCUGCCAUGGGUUGAGGGGAAGGGCGGAUUGGGCCGAUGCUUGGGGCAGCCGCACAUACUUCCAGAAUCACAUUGGAUGCUGCUUCACAGUCUGA